AUGCGUCAUCUCUUCCACCGACGUGACAAGGGACAGUCUCUUAGUAGCAACGACAAUGGUCCUAUUAAAGAACACCGCAGUAGCUUCUUUCGACGGCAUAAGCGAUGUGCCGACGAAAAUGGUCCGAUGAAGGAUUGCCACAGGAGACUCUUUUCAUGGCAUGGACAAUGUAGUGACAAUAAUGGUCCGAUGAAGGAACGCCAUAGUAGCCUCUUUUCAUGGCACGGGCGAUGCAGUGACGAGGGAGACCUGGUGGAGAUUAUGCGACCACGCGAUACGAUUGUGACACGUGUCAGUGUGAACUCGGAGAAGGCUGCGAAAAACCGACGUCGACGCCGUCGACGCUUGCUCUAA